AUGACCGACGUUAGGCCGGCCGCAUAUCCACCUCACCCAAAGGUGAGGGAGACCGUCGGCGUUGGACGUGAGAUGGUUGGGGCAAGACUUUCUAGAGAGAUGGGUUUCCAACAACAAGGAAGAAGACGUGGUAAACAAGGAAAGGGGUUUAAGGGUCCGAAGGGGGGUUCUUCUGGGGAAGGAGGUCAGGGAGGUGGUGGUUUGGCUGGAAAGGGAGGAAGCGGGGUUCCUUCGAGCAAGGGCUCGGCUGCAGGUGGGGUGGAAGCUCUCCUUGAGCUCUUGAGUGGUUCGGGUAGUCGGGAGGGAACUCCUGGCAGUUUCAGCAGCCAAGAUGUAGGAGGAAAGGACUGGGUAGGUGGAGGAGGGUGUGAGGAAUCUUCGGGGAGUGUCUAUGGGAACAGAUUCUCGGUGCUGAGACAUUUCUCCCUGGACGCGGAGGGCAGCUCAACUGGUAACUUUACAAGAAAUUCCAAUAAUCAGCCUCGUUAUUUAAAGAUGCUGCCAAAUGGAGAUUUCGAUCCUGAAGCAUACGAAGACGAGAAAGAUUGGGAGGAUGAGGAGGAUAUGGAAAAUGAGGACAAGAUACUGGAGCAACUUGUGGAGAAAAGGGGGGUGUCCCAGGGAUCAGAUAUGAUGGUGGAGGAAAAUGCACCGAAGAAAGGAAGAAUGAGUUUGGAGGUCUCGUCAGAAAUAGUUCCUUAUGUUGCUUAA